UAUCUAAGAACUGCAGUCGCCAGUAGUAUUUUGUACUCGAUUACAGUACAGCUGGAAUUUUUAUUCAUGUCAGUAUUUCUUUUUUCCACGGUGUACCAUUAUGAGCACCUCAAGUCCAAAUCGCAAAGCUGAUCCUGUUGUGGAUGCAAAUUCAACCGAACGCUUUCGAGCUCUGUCUCCACCUGGAUCGACCAUUCUAAGCACAUCUACUUAUGAGUACAAAGAUCCAUCGCAGAGGCAGGCGGAAGCGUACAAAAAGGCACUGGCUGUACUUCGACCGCGGCGGAAAGAGAAACUGAUAUUGAAACCACCCUUCCCUGUAACCGGAAGCGAAGUCUACGCGUCAAAUAAACCGGAUUUAUUACAAUCAAACCGACAUGACAGCCAGAAGGUCGACAAGAAAUUUGUCACUCUGUCCAGCAUCACUGAGCCGGAUACGGUUAACGAAACAUCCACACCACCAUCGGCCGAUAGUAGCACAGUCCCUGAACAACGCUGGUCACACACCAUUGUAGCGGACAUCCAUGAACCAGUGAUCGACCGAGUAUCCACGAUUACGGCAGAUUCCGAUUUUGGAUAUGAGAUCGAAUCGAUGGACAAUAUGAGGCAGCUAUCGGAUGCUGGUGAACUGUUGCCCACUUCCGACUCACGGACGGUCAAGGAUGACUUGCGUUUACAGCCAGGGUAUUCCCGGGCGGCAAGUGCUACCUCGGAUUUGGCAACGGAACCGACCACCCUUACGGUCACCCCCAGUCCGCGACUUUCAGUUGCUUCUUCGGUACAUCAAAAAGCGCCUCCAGCAGAACAGAAUGUGCAAAAGCGCACAGCAAAAACAAUUGUUGAAAGCAUGGAAAAUAUUGAAAAAGUUCCUUCUAGUGAUCUCGCUAUCCCGCCAGCCUAUCGAAAAACCUAUGCGGCUAUGGAAAAAAGAAAGAAAUUCUCGGAUACUCCGAAAUCCAAUAGCUCAGAGUCUAAGGAAUCGAUGGACAAACGAAACAACUCUACGAAAGACAUUGAUUUCGAAAAACCGCGGCCCUCGAUCGUAAAAGAAACAGACAAGAGAGAAGAGGCAGAAAAGUUAAAGUCUCUUCAGGUUGCUGAUGUCAAAAAGAAAACGAAGGCCAUGACAUAUUUAUCAAUAGAAGAAAAGGAUCAUAGAGUCAAACUGCUGGCGUCAGUCCCAGAGCACAGUGAUAUAACCGUAAAGGUCAACGGGCUGCCAGCCGAUCACGAUGGCAGGCCAGACAAUUAUUUCGGCAAAACCGACUCGGAUUCGGGACUUGUUACAUCGCCUGUGGAAGAGAAUUUGCCUCAACUGUUAGAACUGUCCUCCAAGAAUUUAAAUGGCACCCACACUUCGGGAAAACCGGCAUGGCCGACACUGGAGCCUUCACUGCAGCCUGAACUCUUUCCGGUCGUUAGGAACGAAAUGCAGAUGGCUGAUAUUCGGGAACAACUGGAUGACAUGAAAACCGCUCUGUCACAACUGCAAAAGGACAUUUGGCAGACGGGCAGUCGUCUCGCACUACGGCAACAAAAUCCGAUGACAGGGCCCCAGAAUCUCCGCCCAGCUUUUAACCGGAACCGGUCCGUUGUGGGCAGUCGAACCAGUCUCGCCAGCGCCGGACUUAACUCGCGACCGACAUCCCCACCACCUCCUGUAGAUCGUUCCGGCUCAUCCAGCAAAAAACCCGAACCAGAAAAGUUCCAGUUCGGUAACCUUUUUACGGAAAAAGUCCCCAAAGCUCAACUUGAAGCCCAAAAAAGCCGCAAUCAAGAACUGGAACAAGAAAACCAGUAUUUGCUCAACGAACUGCGCCGCUAUAGAGAACAAAAUGCGUCACAAGUUAACCUUAUCCUUAGCAAGCUCAAUGUUUUCCGCGCGAAAAUCCUAGGAGAAGACUUGACCGACUUGGACGUUGCAGAGCCGGGAAUAAACUUGGGUGAUGAUGGAAAAUACAGCCACGGAAGACAGACCUUUCCGUCCAGAGGCGAGCUAAAAUCGAGAGGGGCUCCAUCGGAUAGUAUUCCUGUUGAUGUCAUGAGCGACCUUAAAGCCGACCGCGACAGACUGGCGGAGAUAUUAGCGUCUUUUCAAAGCCGAAUGGAUGCUGAAAAAGAUGUUUUGAAUGUGUUGCUGGAGCAAGUUAAAAGCAAAGAAAACAAUGACAAAGCACAACAAAAAGUCACUACUCAGAACCUGGAAGAAAUCUACCGAAAAAUGGCCAGCCUGGAGCGGACACAAGCUAUUCUUGCCGAAAAUGUUUGGCGUCACUGACAACAAGGCUCGACCAAUAAUUACAAAAAUAGUUAGUGCGUUAAAAUGGCUACUAAAAUCGUUCUCUAAGUUCAUUUUGAAUUUUCAGUGCUUUUAGCAGCAUACGUGUAUCUGCAGUUCCUUUGAUGUUUCCAAUAAAUAUCACCUCCAAUGUUUAUAUGGCGUAUAGAAUUUUACGUAGUCAUCUACAGCAUUUUUGGACGUCCAAAACUUUUUCAUGUCUUUCCGCUGGAAUUGUUUCCAUGUCUGCAGCGCUAGCCAUUCACUGGCAAUGACAUCAUCCGUAGGAAUGGCAUCCUCCAGAUCCGCCUUCAACUCUUCAAGGAAUUGCAACCGCAUGGCCUUCUCGAAUACGGAAUGCGGAAUGGUCAGGCAUUCGACCGCGGAGACUGUGAUGAUAUGCGCCCGUCGCAGAUCCUCUCCGACGCCGAAAUAGUCCCCUUCUUUCAGCUCUGUAAUAUGCAAGUGAUGUCCUUCUAAUUCGCUAUGCCGGCUAAGAGAUUGAUGAGGCAACCAUCGGCGGGGGUCGUCUGGCUCAAGAGCCUAGUAAAAGUAAUUUGCCAGUUAAAAUUGUGCCGGGAAGCAUGAUCGAAUAUUUACCGGCUGCUGAAGUUUAUAAACUGCUUCAUACAUUUUUUUAUUAUACUCUUCAACCUUUUACUACCUAAUCCGUUUUUAAAUAGUUGCGUAGUAUGUCAUUAAUCCAUUACCAAGCGUUCGCUUGAUAGCUGUAGCGUGCCUGACUGCCUAGAAAUAUCAUUUUGAGAAAAACCAGUUGUAGUAGUACCUGAUAAAUGCAGUGCCUUUUAUCGUUGUCCAGAUAGCUUUUUUCGAAGAUAACGUCUUUC